UGAGCUUUGAACCGUCGUUUUGUUGUGUGGACGCCGCCGCCGCCUCAAGCCCUGACGCGACACUGCUUCUAUCGCCGCCAGUUUCCGAUACGUAAAACCUCCGUAGGCAUUGCUAGCUUUAGUAUCGGUGAUGCAAAGAGUGGCCUUCGUAAAUCCGCGUCUCCCUCUUCCCUCCUCCUCCUUCACCAGAUUCCGAUUGCGCAACAUGAGCACCAAUCCUUCGCCGGUCUCUCCAAAGUUCGUGUCGGUCGAAGGCGCCGAUAUUCACUCCAGGAGUAAACCUGAUGGCUUCAGAUUCCGCCUUGUAUCGUACAACAUCUUGGCUCAGGUGUACGUGAAGAGUUCUUUGUUUCCACACUCUCCAUCUCCUUGUCUCAAGUGGAAAGCUCGUUCUCAGGCAAUUUUAACCAUUCUUAAAAACCUCGGUGCUGACUUUCUUUGCCUACAGGAAGUGGAUGAAUACGAUGGAUUUUACAAAGGCAAAAUGGAAAUUCUAGGUUACUCUGGUCUAUAUAUUCAGAGAAGUGGACAGAAACGUGAUGGUUGUGGCAUUUUUUAUAAGCAAGACAGGGCUGAGUUAGUUUUGGAGGAGAAGAUGGACUACAAUGAUCUUGUGAGCCCGAUUGAAGAUUAUAAGGACGGAAGUGCUAAUAAAGAUUCUCUUGAGCAAUCUAAUGGAGAUAGAAAUAUUCACAAAAAUCCUGCCUCCACAAAUGCUCCUGAGAACCGUGGAGAUCCCAAUGAUCCUCGUGUAAGAUUGAAACGUGAUUGUGUUGGAAUUUUAGCUGCAUUUAGACUCAAGGAUCUGUCCCGCCAUGUCAUUGUUGUGGCAAAUACCCACAUUUAUUGGGAUCCUAAAUGGGCUGAUGUUAAGCUCGCUCAAGCCAAGUAUCUGUUAUCGCGGCUAGCCCAAUUCAGGGAUCUGGUUUCUGAUAAGUUUGACUGCAUUCCUGCUGUUAUUGUGGCUGGUGACUUCAAUUCAACUCCAGGAGACGAGGUAUAUCAGUGCCUUGUGUCAGGUGACCUUACGUCGACAAUACCAGAAAUAGAGUGUUCGGAUGACCUUCCGAUUCCUCUGCGCAGUGUUUAUGCUUCUACUGGGGGAGAGCCAUCGUUCACCAAUUGCACUCCCGACUUCACCGGUACCCUGGAUUAUAUAUUCUUUUGCCCUUCCUCAGACAUCAAGCCCAUCAGUUUCCUAGAGCUUCCCGGAUCAAACUCGGAGGAGGUGGUCGGCGGGCUGCCAAACUACUACCAUCCAAGCGAUCAUUUGCCAAUUGGUGCUGAAUUUGAACUUGAUUGCGAUAAAGUUUGUUGAGCUCACUUGCAUGGCUUUCAUCAACCUUUUUGAUCGCCCAUGCCGGUUUGAGGGAAAAAAUUUGGUUCUGGGUAAUUGAAAAAUCAUGCCUUCAUCUAGCAUCUCAAAUUUUAAUAGAACUCGAUAAUGAUCUCACAAAUUUCUUUCGAUUUCUUCUGGGUUUCUCUUGAACUUUCCGCUCAAAUGUGCAUUGAAAGA